UCUAUACCCAUUUCGGCUCUUGGCUGGUAUUGUUCUUGUCCUCCCACCUCCGAUGUUCCAAAAUAAUAAGAAAUCAGGGAUUAAGGUACAUUAUCCUCAAUCUGUCUGCUGGGAGUUAAUUCUGAAGGAGACCCUUUUUCAUGAGGUACUGGUUAGGAACAUAGGAAGAGCUGCGCUGGAUCCAUCUAGCCAGCAUCUUGUUCCCAUUGGCUAAAUAUUUGCCUCUGGGAAGCUGCUCAUUUUCCCAAGCAAACUUGCUUCCAUUAUUUUAUUUCUUUUCUUACCAGGUUAUUAUCAGUUUGUAUUUUAGUUUUCCUACAAAACUGUUUAGGGCUGCAUGCCUGAGUUCAAUACCCACAACAACCCCAUGGAGGUAGGCAGACCUGAGGGAUGGAGAUUUGUUCCCCAUUACAGCUUUACAGCCAGGAGGUUGAGGCUUCUCGAGGGGCAGCAGGAGUAGCAGUGUUAGUAGAAGUGGAACCAGAUGAAGCAGGUGCUGCACCCUCCAGGGAUGGCUCUGAUCCCUCUCCCGGAUCCUUGUCUCCUCGGAAGCUCAAAAGCACCUUGGGAGGAGUGGGGGAGGGCCUCCUGCCAUCUGGCAGGAACAGCGACGAUGGGGCACGGAUGCAGACUAGCACAAGUGGUAAAGAAGUGGGAGGGAUGUCUCCGGAAAGAGGGGGCAUCUCAGCUGGCUCAAAUACCAGCCCCAGUCCGGGGAGUAAAGGUCUACCAGGCCAUGCUGCCAAGACUUUCCCAUCAUCCCCCAGCAAAGCAGGUGGAGCCAGCCGGGCAAAGAUGUCUCUGACUGGGACCAGUAAGUCCCCCACCUCCAUCCAGAGCUUGGCCAUGCGCCUGCUGAGUAUGCCCGGCUCACGGCUGCCUAGUGAAACCGGAACUCCUGCAACAGAAGCUCCGGCUCCAGCCCCUCCAUCGGCUCCGGCCCCGGCCCCGGCCCCAGCCCCAGCCCCUGCUCAGCCUCCGGCUCCAGCAGCAGAGGAGGCCAAGCCCAAGGUUCACCGGGCCCGGAAAACCAUGUCUAAACCCAACAGUGGGCAGGUCCCUGAAAAGCGAGUGUCUGAGAUGUUGCAUUUCCGAGUCCCGGAUGACCUGAGGAGCAUUGAAGAGCCAGAAGAACCUGCCAAGCGCAGGAAGUUUGACUACAUGUCUGAUGCCAUGCACAAGAGGAUGCCUCUCUCCCUUCAGCGGUCGAGUCCCAGAGCUACAACAGAGAUCACCGUGACAGAAGAGAUGACUGCUCCGGCCACAGCCUCGCAGGACGAGGGUGGCCAGGAAUGGGAGACUGAGGUGGGGGAUGACUUCAGCCUCUUCUACGACAGCUUUUCCGUGGAUGGCCAUGUGGACUCAGACAGCAAGUCGGAUGCAGAUGUUGGUGGAGAGCAUAUGAGUGAAGAGGAGGAGGAGGAGGAAGAGGAGGAAGAAGAAGAGGAGGAGGAGGAAGAGGAGGAGGAAGAUGAUGAGGACGAUGAGGAGGAGGAAGAUGAUGAUGAAGAAUCGGGUAACCUCUCUGACAGAAGCGCUGCCUCCAGCUCCAAGCGGAAGGCCAGGAAGCGCUGGCGGAAUGACAGCCCCUGGGUGAAGCCUUCGCGGAAACGCAAGCGCAAAGAACCGCACCCCAAAGACACCAGAGGUUUGAAUGGUGGCCCUUCAACCGCACAGAGCGAGUAUACGGAGGUACCGCUUGACUGUUUGGAGUUGCCCAAUGAGGGGGCACUGUCUCCCAACAAUGCAGGGGUGUCUAACGAGACGAGCUCACUGGAGACGGAGCGCUUUGAGGAGCUGCCCCUCUGCUCCUGCCGCAUGGAGGCCCCGACGAUUGAGCGCCUCAGCCAGCAGGCCGGCAAUCAGUGCAUGGCAACAGAGAGCGCCGACGGAGAGCUGAACGGCUGCAGCAGCAGCAUCCUGAAGCGUGAGACGAUGCGUCCCUCCAGCCGGGUUCCCCUCAUGGUGCUGUGUGAAGCGCAUCGAGCCAGGAUGGUGAAGCACCACUGCUGCCCCGGCUGUGGCUAUUUCUGCACUGCGGGCACCUUUUUGGAGUGCCACCCGGACUUCCGAGUGGCGCAUCGCUUCCACAAGGCCUGUGUUUCUCAGCUCAAUGGCAUGAUCUUCUGCCCCCACUGCGGAGAAGAUGCAUCGGAGGCGCAGGAAAUCACGAUAGCCAAAGCGGACACCUCCACGCCUGUCCCCAUCCCACUGUCACACGGACAAGGCGCCUCCGAGACCACGGGCCGCGCUGACACGACCCAGCCCAGUGCCCGGAUGCGUGGAGGUUCAAGCAUAGAGCACCCGCCCGAUGAUUUGCCAGGCCUCGGUGGCCCAGGAAUCGACAGCGCUGGACCACGGCUGACCCUGCCCAAUGGGGCGGUGCUUUCUGCACAGGGCUUGCCACCGGGGGCUGGGCGGGAGCAACUGGAGCGAGCGCUGGUGGUGCAGGAAUCGGAGAGGCGCAAGAAGCUGCGAUUCCACCCCCGCCAGCUGUAUCUCUCUGUUAAGCAAGGAGAGCUUCAAAAAGUAGUGCUAAUGUUGUUGGACAGCUUGGACCCCAAUUUCCAGAGCGAGCAGCAGAGCAAGCGUUUCCCACUGCAUGCUGCAGCGCAGAAAGGCUUCCUGGAAAUCUGCCACGUUUUGCUGCAGGCUGGUGCCAACAUAAACACAGUAGACAAGUUACGCCGGACACCCCUCAUGGAGGCGGUUGCGAACAACCAUGUGGAGUUAGCACGUUACUUGGUCAAAAGGGGAGGCUGCGUUUACACCAAGGAGGACGACGGCUCUACCUGUCUCCAUCAUGCUGCCAAGAAUGGGAACGUGGAGAUGGUCAGCUUGCUGCUUUCUACAGGACAGGUGGAUGUCAAUGCCCAGGAUAGCGGAGGUUGGACCCCCAUUAUCUGGGCUGCCGAGCAUAAGCACAUCGAGGUGAUCCGCAUGUUGCUCACCCGUGGAGCCGACGUCACGUUGACUGACAAUGAGGAGAAUAUUUGCUUGCACUGGGCCUCCUUCACAGGAAGUGCGGAGAUCGCCGAGGUCCUGCUGAACGCCCAGUGCGACCUCCACGCCGUCAACUUCCAUGGGGACACCCCUCUGCAUAUCGCGGCCCGGGAGAGCUACCACGAGUGUGUCCUCCUGUUCCUGUCCCGGGGGGCAGACACGGAAGUGCGGAACAAGGAGGGAGACUCCCCAGUGGACCUCACCUUGGAGAACUCCGAAGUGUGGUUUGCCCUGCAGCUCAACCGCAAGAUCCGCCAGGGCAUCCUGAACCGCUCCGUGCGCACAGAACGCAUCAUCAGCAGGGAUGUGGCCCGUGGCUAUGAGAACGUGCCCAUUCCCUGUGUCAAUUCUGUGGAUGAUGAGCCAUGCCCAGAUGAUUACAAAUACAUCUCGGAAAACUGUGAGACCUCCACCAUGAACAUCGACCGCAACAUCACCCAUCUGCAGCACUGCACCUGCCAGGACGAUUGUUCCUCCAGCAACUGCCUGUGUGGGCAGCUCAGCAUUCGCUGCUGGUACGACAAGGAUGGCCGCUUGCUGCAAGAGUUCAACAAGAUUGAGCCCCCCUUGAUCUUUGAAUGCAACCAGGCCUGCACCUGCUGGAGGAACUGCAAGAAUCGCGUGGUACAGAGUGGCAUCAAGGUCCGUUUACAGCUCUAUCGCACUGCCAAAAUGGGAUGGGGAGUCCGAGCACUGCAGACAAUCCCCCAGGGAACGUUCAUAUGCGAAUACGUGGGGGAGCUGAUUUCUGACGCAGAAGCUGAUGUAAGGGAAGAUGAUUCCUACUUGUUCGAUCUAGACAAUAAGGACGGCGAGGUGUACUGCAUUGAUGCGCGUUACUAUGGCAACGUCAGCCGUUUCAUCAACCACUUGUGUGACCCCAACAUCAUCCCCGUACGGGUGUUCAUGCUGCACCAGGAUCUACGUUUCCCCCGCAUUGCCUUCUUCAGCAGCCGGGACAUUCAAACUGGUGAAGAGCUCGGGUUCGACUACGGUGACCGAUUUUGGGACAUCAAGAGCAAAUACUUCACAUGCCAAUGUGGAUCGGAGAAAUGCAAGCAUUCGGCUGAGGCCAUUGCCUUGGAGCAGAGCCGCCUUGCCCGCCUCGAGGCCCACCAGGACGUCUUGCCCGACAGCAGCAGCCUCCCUGCCACACAGGCCUGAACCGGGCCCAGGUGCCAGUCCAGAACACUGGGGCCUCCCCAGUCCCUCCUUCCACUGGCCCUGGGCUGCUCCUCUGGGACCAGGCAUGCUGGAACGUGGGAGCUUCUCUUCUCCGCGGGAUUGCUCCUCGGCGAAAUGUAACGCUGGAGAAAGUGGGGAGAGAGGCAAGAAAGUGUGUCCUCAGCCAAGAUACGUUCGAGGGAGAGAGGGAAAAAGAGAGGCCCACUGCCUGCGAGAAGGAUCCUCUUGGAACAGGAGAAGGGGGCUAGGGCAGGGGGGAAAGAGCACCAGGGCUCCUGGCAUCCUUGGCCCCCUUACAGCCAGGAUGAUAGAAUGUGUGAUCCACCCACAGCUUGCUGCCUGCUUGGAAAAAAAAAAAAACUUUGCUUAGGUGGCCUUUUUCUUGUUUUUGGGCCAAGUUAACGUUAACGUUUUCCUAAAGGACAGUUCUGUUUUGAAUUUGACCAAGGCAGGCGUUCUAUCACUUGUUCUUCCCCUCCUCCUCUUCCUCUCAGCCUCCGAAGAUGCCCUAACAAGCUGCUGACCCAUGCCUCGGUUCUGCACUCCCAAGCGGGCAGGCAUACGAAGGCUUUGGUGGGCCACCUUCAGCCUGGUGGACCGCGGAUCGCACAAGCACCGUCCAGUCAAUGUGAGCCAGGUCGGCAGCUUGUGGUGGUGCCAAUGCUGGGGCCUGCAAGUUCCAUCUAUUCCAAGGGGCAAGGGGGCUGAUGGGAGUUGCAGGCCACACCAUCUGGAGGGCGUCCACCUCAUUGCAGGAGGCAGGCUAAUUGUCAAGCCUUUGGCUGGCCAUGAGGACUGGCAAGAAUGGAUGGCACGGAGCAGGUGUGGACCAGGAUGGAUGCUGGCUAUGCUUGAAAUGAUGCUGUCACCUUUUGGUGGGAGAGUGAGUGGGAGUGUGCGCACGCGUGCGCCAGUGUCUUCCUUGCCAUCUGGAAGAACGUUUGUGUUAAUGUGGCCUUUUGCCUCGAGGAAGGCCAGGUUAAUGUUUGUUUUUUGGUCAAUGAAAGGUUUGAAUGGGAGCCGGGCUGUAGACACACACUCCCACUGCCUGCACCUCCGCUCUUGUAGCUUCCUCUGCCUUUCAGUUCCCGCCACAGCAACAGAGGUCUGGUUUGCUUGAAAGAGGCAAGCUUUCUCUUCCUCUCUCUCUUUCUCUUUUCUAUGAGUUUCACAUUUGUUUUUAAACUGUAAUUUUCUGGGGCCAUAAAACUAAUAAAUGUUGGCAUCUAGUGAUUUUGAUACAAAAGUAA